AUGGAUGAACUAAUUACAGAUGACAAGAUUGGUGACAGCCUGGGUUGCAGUGAUCACACCCUGGUGGCAUUCACAGCCUUGAGGGAUCGGGCAAGGGCCAUACGUUGCGCUGCCCCCCUCCCCGUGCCUGGCACCGUCGGCACCGUCAGCACCGUCAGCCCUGGGCGGUGCUGGGGCCAAGGACGCGGCCCUGCCCGGCCCGGCCCAGUCCGCUCCGGUGGCGUUCCCGAGCCUCCGCGGCGCGGCCGUGCGGGGGCGUUCACCGGGGGCGGGAGGGGCAGGCCCGGCCGCUGGCCCCCCUCGCCAGGCGGGGAAGCCGCUGUGCCAAGCGAGCCGACGCCUCUGUCGGCCCAGAGCGAGCGGCCGGAGAAGCGAGCCCUCGCUGGUGCUGCAGCGGCGCGGGCAGCGCGUCCUGCCCCGGCACGGGCUGCGGGCCAAGGAGCCCGUUGUCGGGAGGGGACCUCUGCGCCUCCCCAGGGCCCGGCCACGGGCUGCAGCCGGGGGUCGCAAGGACGGACGCUCCCCGCAGGCCGCGUCCCCGUCUGCGGCCACCGCCGGGGAGGAGACGCGGCGCAGGGCCCAGCCGCUGCCCGGCCGGCGCCUCGCCAGGAGGGGGGCGGCACCAGUGACGCGGCCGCCGCCACCGGGAGCCGAGGGAGCACCCCUGCGGGUGCCCGCCACCGGCCAGCCGGCCUGCCCGCCCGCUCGCACGCCCCGGGGCGGGGCGGGGCGGGGCGGGGCCCGCUCCCUCCCUCUCCCCGCAGCGCAUUCGCCGCGGGGGCCCCCUCUGCGGUGACGUCACCGUUAUUAAAAAAGCGCCCCGGCAGGCAGGCAGGGCAGCGGGCAGGCGGCAGGAGCGGCGGCGGCGGCGGCGGCGGCGGCGGCGGCGGCGGCGGCGGCGGCGGCAGCAGCAGCAGCAGCAGCAGCAGCAGCAGCACGUGCCCCGCUGCCGACAUGGUGUCCCCCGUCACCGUGGUGAAGAGUGAAGGCCCCAAACUGGUGCCCUUCUUUAAAGCCACUUGUGUCUAUUUUGUCCUCUGGCUGCCAACUUCUAGCCCAUCCUGGUUCAGUGCCCUCAUCAAAUGUCUGCCCAUCUUCUGCCUGUGGGUUUUCCUCCUGGCUCAUGGAAUUAAUUUCUUAGUGUCACACCGGAGUGCCAGCCGCAUCCUAGCAGGACUCAUAUUCUCGGCAGUGGGAGACGCCUUUCUCAUCUGGCAGGAGCAGGGCUACUUCAUUCAUGGUCUGCUGAUGUUCGCCAUCACACACAUCCUGUACUCUUCAGCCUUCGGCAUGAAGCCUUUGGACCUCAAAGCCGGCUUGUUGAUGGGCCUCGUUUCCAGUUCCUGUUAUGCCUUCCUGUACUCCUACCUCUCAGGCCCAUUCACCUACCUGGUAGCUGUCUACAUUGCCUUGAUUGGCUUCAUGGGCUGGCGAGCGGUUGCCGGCAUGCAGCUGUGCAAUGACCUCUGGACGUGGACGAAGCUCUCGGCCUGCAUCGGGAAAACUUGGAGAGAAGGAAGAAUGAACAAUACACCACAUUACUCUCAGCAUCUGACCAGCAUACCUAUCUCAACAUGUAAACAAAUACAGACUGAAAAGCAAGAGAGGAAGGAAUCAGAAAUCAUUCCCCCGUUAAUCUGCUAUGCAACUGAAACAAAUCCUAGUCAGACUGGAAAUACGCUACAAGCCAAAUGACUUGUAAUUCCAAUCUUCUGUUAUGUCAAGACGUGGUAAUAUCAACCUCCCUGCACGUGGAUGGCCCCUACUGUCCUGAAUUUUAAUUUAAACAGCAUCUGUAUGAACUGGUAUGUAAUGUGCUACACACACAUGUACUAAAAGGAAGCCUGGUCCUGAAGAGAUUGCCAACAAAUGGAUGGGAUAGGACAGAAGGUAUUCUUGCAUCUAUUCCCCAGCUGGGGACCAAAGGUGAAGAAUAGGUUAGUGAUAUACCCAAGGCCACAGAGGGAGCCUGAGCUUAGACCUGAGUCUUGUGUACAAGACCACCCAUCUCCCCCCAGUGCUGUCAUGAAUUUUUAUGCUUACCUCUGCCUUUGGAGAGGUACCACUGCUCCUGUGAAUUGCAGACAAUGACUCAGUA